GAGAAGGACCUUGCCUCCUAUCUCCUGAACCAUUCCGAUUGCCAUUGUUGCUUCCAGAUUCUGCACGCUCUUCUUCCGAAGCAGUGGGACACGCUUGCGUCCUGUUAUAGCUCCCGAAGUCUUUACUGCCUGCUUGAUUAUCAUGUAUUUGUUGAAGCCUUCCAGAAAACCGCCAUCAGUUGAGGAAGUUAUGGCUUACAUGAAACAGUCUCGACGGAAGGUAGGUUACCGUGUGUAGUUCUACAGGAUGUUUUGCGAACAUGUGUACGCUGAAGUUACCUAUAUGGCCUUUUCUGAUUUCAGGGUUCCCGUCGUGGAAGCUUAAACGCGUCCUCGCAUGGCGACAUCAGAAGCUCUCGUCAGACGUUUCUGGGAACGAAAAUACCAGACGUUGCGUCUGAGAUUGAUGGACGUAACCUCUCCGAGCUUUUCACUGUUAGUAGGCCAGCGCCGACGACAGACAAGCAUGGUGAUUUCUAUAGCUUACGCGCAAGUCCUACUGACGCCGCAUGGAAAAUGCAUGGAAGUUUCACCUCACACUUGCCACCGAGCUCGACCGAGCUGCUCUCUGGUGUUGAACGAUCGACCUCACCGCCACCUUUCAUCCCAGAUCCGGGAAGCUUCGAAUUCUCAAAUGGCGAUGUCAAGAGUUCUUACCACUUUUGCGGGUCGAAAAUUCCUGACGUUGCAUCAGAAACUGAUGGGAGUGGACUCUCGAUUUUUGAGAAGAGUGCCUCCAAAGACUUUUCCAUUGACGAGCCAUCAUCGACGAUUGACAGACGUGUUGAGACUCAUUCUAUGUGCACAAAUCCUACCGCGUGGACGAUGGAUGGGAGUUUCACCUCAAACGUACCAUCGAGUUCAUCUGAGCUGCUCUUUGGUGCUGAAAGGUCGGUUUCGCCACCGCCUUACAUCCCUGCCAAAGUGGAUGCGGGUUUUUCUCCAGUUGCUGAGAAAGCUGGGACAGGGGAGUCAUGGAUCCCGCAAGAGUGUGGAAAGGAGCUGGAAAAUGCUACGACUUGCGAAAAGACUACAGUGCUCAACGAGUGGGACGCGCUGCCUUCGUCAACGCCACAGAAGAAUAUAAUUGAGGAGCUAUUUGACGACCUGCCGUCGAAACCUUUAGAGUGUGGGGACUGUGUGAACGUGGAUUCGGAAGCAUGCAAAGACGUCCCUUCUAGCGAGUGGAAAACUUUGGACAGCAAAACACCUCUGGUCGUCUCUCUGCUGUUCUUUGAUGAUGAGCGGAGUCAGCUGUAUGUCUCGCUUGAUCUGCAACUUCCUUCCAAGAAGCGAGAUUGGGCAGCAAAUGGCAUGUACCUCUCGUCUAUUGAAGACCUCAGCGUUAUUGGAGUUGUAAUUCAUCAAAUCGGUCAGCCGAAGAUGAGAGUCAUUCUGUUACCAGGAGUAAAUGUCAGUGUACUACCCACCAGCAACGCUACAAUUGAAGAGUUCAGAGAAGCAGUUCGGACAGCCAUUGUCUUUGCAGAGGCGAUCGUCUGUUGUGACUCGCAAAGAUUCAUCAGAUCUCUUUUGCAGUGGGAAGUGCCAGUGAUGGAUCUGGAUGACAUGUUUAUUGACCCAAAAGUGAGUGAAACUCUUGUAAGGCCACUCUGUUUACACUCUCUUAAGGCACUAACAUCCGCCGUGAGCUCGUGCGAGCCUGGGAUGGCUGUCUUUCUACUGCUGAGAGAAGAUUCUUGCAUGGCAACUAGGUGAAAAUCUGGAGCAGUUGAUUGGAAAGGCGAAAGAAGGCGUUAAGGGGAAAGAAGUUCUGGAAUCCAGUACUAAAGGAAAUGCCUAUCUUCAGUGUGUUCACGCCAGCCUCAACCUCUGCAAUGAUGUUCAUGUGGCAUUGGUGGCAAGGACAAACAUUUCACUUCGUGAGGCAUUCAGAAACGGAUGGAGCAUCUUACGUCAAUUGGUGAAAAGCUGGUUGGCCGUCGGAUCAACUUGGCAAGUCCAAAGCAAGUGGCUCAAGCCUUAUACGAGGUAUCCACUGCAAGGUCAUGCAACUGAAAUGUGGUUUUCUUGGACACGGUUUCAGCUCGUGAGAAACUGCAGGACCUGAAGCUUCCGGUAGGAGCUGCUAAGAGUGUCGGUAUGGCCAAGAAGCGAGAGGCGCAGACCCACUCAACGACAAAUGAGGCUACACUCAGUCAACUCGCUUCUCUUCAUCAGUUUCCGGGCAUCGUUUUAGAAGUGAGCUCUUUUGGCAGUGAAGAGUAUUAAUGGUAGGGUGAUGCUGACCUUUUUUGUGGCUUCCAGUUCAGGCAACUUAUGAAAGUCAAGUCGACUUGGAUCGAUGGACUUCUGUCAAGUUCCUGCAGCGAAACGGUAUGGUAUUCUCUAGUGUUGCAUAUCAUUCACUUCAAUCAGCUUGCUCAGUAUUUUUGUGUGCUCAGGAUGGAUCUGCUAGGAUUCACUCUGAGUGGAAUGCUGCAAACACGGCAACAGGACGACUUUCAUCUUCCAACCCUAACUUACAGGUUUGUUUUUCCAUGCACCAGCAACAGACCUUGAUUUGAUUUGUUCAAAUAUUAACGGUGCUAUUUGAAUAGAAUUUGCCAACAUACGCUCUGGAAGGAACAUCUGCAGCGACCAACUCUUCAGCAGUCGCCAUUGCCAUUCGUGAUGCUCUUAUGUCUGCACCCGGGUUGGUUAAAUUUUGUGUCCUAACCUCUUCCUUAUUCUAACCAUGUUUCGUCCACUUUCCUUCCGUUUCUCCUAUUUACUUUUCCCAUUUCUGAGAAGUUCCUAGCGUAAAGCAUUGUUCUUUCAUCUGCAGGAAGAUCCUGGUUUCUGCUGACUAUUCACAAAUAGAACUCCGACUUUUUGCACACCUAUCUGCUGAUCAGACACUGGUAUUAUCCCCUCUCCCCCCCCCCUUCCUCACUCUCUUUCUCCUUGUGUCUCUUUCUCUGUUUGUUUUUUCAAUGUUCUUGUUUUCCCUGGUCCAUUGUUCUUGAAGUGUGCCCAUAAUUUUCGCAGGUCAAUGUGUUCAGAGCUGGUCAACAGAGUGAUAUUUUCAGGCUCAUUGGGGCAGCCUUUUUUGGAAAGGCUGCAGACGCAGUCAAUGACCAGGAGCGGCAGCUGGUUAAGAGGCUAUGCUGUGAGUGAUGCUGUUUGUAAAAUGCUCGUCGUGUUGUAUGUUCAAUAUGCUAACCAAUGCUGCAGAUGGGAUUCUUUAUGGGCAAGGGAAGCAAGCCAUGGCUUCAAUUUUGGGAGUGGAGGUCGACAAGGCUCAACAAUUGCUGCAGAGCUUUUUGGAUCACUUUCCAAGUAUGAGGGACUUCAUCAAUCAAACUAUCAGCAUAGCCCGAAGGGAUGGCUUUGUCACAACCAUGUGGGGCCACCGCAGGCUGCUUCCAGGUAUUUCCUGUUUCUCUAAUUCUGCAUCCGUUGCAACAUCGUUUUUCUCACUGGUCACUUCUUUCAGAUAUGCAUGAACGCAAUUCAGAAAGGCGAGCUCAAGCAGAGCGGCAGUCGGUGAAUACCAUCAUUCAGGGCUCUGCGGCGUAAGAGCCAUACCUUCGCAUGCGCUUGAUUGAUGCUUGACCACUUUUUCACCCUGGAUUGAUUAGGCUGUUGUUCGGUGUUUGCUGAUGCAGAGAAUUGAUGAAGCUGGCCAUGCUGGACGCCAGUGAACUUGUUCAGAAUAGCAAAGGAGAUAUUCAGAUCGUGAUGCAGGUAAGUACAACUGCGUGUGCAGACUGUGCACCUUCAACAACCUGCUCUUAUUUGUUGCAUCCUUCAGGUUCAUGACGAGCUAGUGUUGGAAGUUCCAGAAAAAGACGUUUUCGAAGUCUUCAAGGUGGUUAAGCAAAAGAUGGAAAAGGUUGCAUGCCUGGAUGUCCCACUGGUGGUGAAUGUCAGAGCAGGGCAUCGCUUUGGAAGCUUGCGCAUCAUAGAGCAAUGAUGUUUUGGCAAUGGUGUCUUGCUUGAAGUUUAUUAUAGGACUCACCCCCAGGAAUACUAACUUGUACAUGUCAGGCUGCUGUUAUGCGAAAUAGUAUGCUGAGUGGCCCUUUCAGUAAUGCAUUUCCACAACU